UCAAUUCCAAAGAGACAGCCCACUCGACGGAUAUCCUUGAGCUAUUUGUAAAGGCUACAUCUUGUGUUCACCGAUGGAAAUCUCUACUGUUGUAGGUUAGUAAAUAGUUUUAAAAUACGUUCCUACUCGGGAGGCCUGCCACACACACCUACGAAGCCUGACUCACAUUCGUGGCACACGCUGUGCCAGACAAGCCACAUUCCUGAAGGUAAAAACCUGUCCGGGAGCUGUCGAUUAAGGUAUGAGGCAUUAAAUCCUCCACCGGGACAAGACUUGUUGGACGAGACUUGUGUUUCGGCAAGGUAAGGAGGGAUAUGCGCAUCAACUUCUUUCUCACAUCGAAACCUGAACGCGAUGAGCCCAUAGCACAGCACAGGACGCUGAUGUUUGUGUUAUUCUUCCAGACUUCAAGUAGAUGAGAAACGAUAUAUCGUUCAAUCAUUUACAUAGUAGUUGUUGCAGCGAUAUAUUAUUAUUUUUUACCAAGAGGAAAUAAUCGUUGGAUCCAGAAUGAGAGGCAAAUGAGAAUAUCAGUGGAGUUGUCUUAAAUAAACACCUGACGACCUGAGGCGCAAUGGAUCAGCACGAGGACACAAUGGACUUCAACGCCCUGAGGGCUAAGUUCCAGGAUGAGGAAAUACUCCUGAGGCAACCCAGAAACAGACCUGUCCUCCCAGAGAAACCCCAGAUCGUCCCCCCUCCCCAGAGUCCCACCCACCACCUGCCGGCAGGGGCCCGGCCCUCCAUUCUCACCUCCAUCAACUUAGACACCAGGAUGGCGGGGGCCCCCAGGGUAAUCUUCAAGGGGGACAAGAAGGACAGCCGGAAGCCCCUGAUACCGCUGACCAAGACCAAGGAGAAGAGCGACGAUAAGUCCAAAGCCGGCAGUGAUAAGGACAGAAAGUCCACGAAGGGGAGCAAAGAGAAGCAGGACGUGGAGGAUAAAGACCCGCCCAAGCCGAAGAGCGGGAAAGACAAGAAGGGGCUGCUUCCUUUCAGAUCCAAAGAGUCCAGUGAGCUGGUGCCCGCCUCGCCUCCACCAAAAGGCACCCUCAGGAAGAUGACCUUCCCAGGCUUCAAAAAGAUCUCCAAGAGAGGGUCGAUGGACAUUGAACCCAUUCUCGACUCCCCCAGCCCGGACGUCCACAGUGGACUGGCUCCACUGGUCCCGAGUGGCUCCCUCCCCUCUGUAGGAGCCCCGGCUGCAGCGCACACGCUGCCCCCCGCCACAGUCCCCGAGUACAACCCCAUGGCAGCCCUCAUGCCACCCAACUUUAUCCCUAUCGCUCCUCCCAACGGCCCCUCCUAUGCCUCCCUCACAGACAAUGUCCCAGCAAUGCGCACGGCUCCCUGGCAAGAGACAGAAACUCUAUCAGAGGUGGAGCCCGCCCCCGCCGCGCCUGUUUCAGCCAGCCACAGAUCUGCCACACCCUCCCCAGUCCGUAACUCCGUACAAAACAGCCCCUUGCUCAGCUCCGUGGCCGCCCCCAGCCCGGCCCCCUCCAGCCCCAGCACCCCACCACUCGGAUCGGGGCAGAUCUCCGCCAGAGCAGGGGUGGAGGUUGACCACAACGGGGAGGAGCUCCCCAUCACGGCCAAUGCUGACGACGCCCUGCCCCUCUCGGCAUCUCCCAAAAUGGAGCGUCCGGGAUCUGCGCUGUCCUCGGCCCUGGAGCGGGCGGGGAAGGCCCCCGGGAAGAAGACCACUCCGGCGGACCAGAGGAUCCUCCAAGCCCUGGAGAAAGCUCGCAGGAAGGCUGCCAGUCCCUGCACUUCAAAUCUAAUGAACCCAACUCCAGAAGGAUUCCCUCCCCCAGGCAGCCUCGUUGAUCUGCCACCACUGGACUAUGAGGAUCAAAGGAACCCUCAAGCAGCCCACGUAAACGGUUUUGUGAACAGUACGUCUGAAGAGGGUCCUGACGUGAUGCCAGAGCUCAUGGUGGUCCCUCCGCCUCCGCCCAGAAGGGCCCUCCCUGACCCCCAGGUUCUUGGAACCCCUCCACUAAAACCCGCCAGGCCCCCCAGUGUCAAUCUGACUCCCUACUUGUCUCCGCCCCUGGAGGUGAAACAGAUCCUGACUCCUCCGGAUUCCUGGGAACAAGAAGAAACCAGCGAAGGCCUCCCAGAGUUUGAGGACACACACUCCCCCGAGCCCCACUCUCCUCAGCCAUCUGAGUAUGCCUGGGGAAACGAGGACUACAGUACUCCAAACAGCCACAAUCCCGGAAACCCACUUCCAAACAACGUUAACUCAGCCUAUGAGGACUACGGAGCAUUGGCAUCAGAGUUUGAAGCGCCAAGAUUCCGGGAGAUUCCAGAAGAGGAGCAAAGUCAGGAUGUGUUUGAUUCAUCUGCCCAUAGCACUCGGGAUAAUCGACCGACUUCAAUGUUGCAAGCAAAUAACAGCGUAUUGGAGAAUUCCGAGAACUUCUAUGAAGACGUCAACGUGUCUGCCACAAAGAAGAAAGUGAAGGUGGAGGGAACUAAAAAGCGCAAAGGACCACCAAAGAAUCCAUAUGAUGAGACCCAACAGCCAACAAACGAAGAGAAGAGCAAGCUUGGCCGUCUUGGCAACUUCAGGACACCUUCAGACAAAAAGGCUGCAUCUGAUGGGCCGGACGAGAAAGAGCUGAAGAAGAAGGUGAAGCAGCGGCUGGAGAAGGAGAAGAAGGAGCUGAAGGAGCAGAAAGAAAGAGAGAAGCGGGAGCAGAAGGAGAAGGAGAAGAAGGAGAACGACGUGAAGAAGAAGUUCAACAUCACAGGCCAGGAGGAGGCUAUGUACCAGGCAACGGUAACUGUGACGACGAAGGGCCGCAAAAAUGACUUGCCAGUUGAAAGGGGUGAGAACAUCAGCAUCAUCCGAACAACCAAGUGCCCCAAGGGGAAAUGGCUCGCCCGGAACAAUAGCAACACCUACGGUUACAUAUCAGUGGACCACGUGGAGCUGGAUAUCCAGGAGAUGAUGCAGAUGGGAAAGAGAGCCGCCACCUCAUACCCCGACAGCAGCAGCAACAGCGUCCUGGAUGGGGCGGCCUCCAUCAUGAGCAACAGGCGUUCAAACCAUUCCCCAGAUUCUACAGGAAGCUUCACUGACGACAGCGAGGAGUGGACCGGUGAUGACGAGGACCCUCUCACACCCACAAACUCAGUAGAGCCCUUCACUCCCCAGGGCCACACAAGAACACACUCCAUGCCAGACUUCGGGAAGAAGGAGCUAAGUGCAGUCCACCAGCACAGUCACAGUGACAUCAGCACACAGGAGCCUUCUAUGCACCCGAAGCAUGAAGCACUUCAGAAAUUGACCACAUUCUUCCACUCACCCAAACCUGUGGCGGAGGAGCCGACUACCAGCACUAAAGAGGAGGCCAGUCACACACUUGUGGAGGAAGAAACAGUUUCUUCGCCUGAGACUCGUCCCACAGAGGAAUUAAUCACGGACAUAUCCGACAUGCUCAUCCUCCCUCCCCCUGAACUCUAUGCGGACCCUGAAAAUGUGACAUCACUGUGAGACCCAACAAAAAGCUGCUGCUGAUCAGUCCGAUCACCAUGCAAGCUUGACAUCCUACAAAAUGUGACAGCCAACGGCCAACAAACGGCAUGUGGUUUUGGUCAGUUUUCAUCUAUCCCAUGUGUCAAAAACACUUUUGAGGAGUCGAUGUGUGUGGGAAGUUACAAAUUGACCUCUGAGAAAGGUUUACACACAGCGGAUGUCCAACUGAAACAGUGGUCUCUGAUUUACCAUAUGGAAAUGUAUCUACUUUUAAAACACAUGAACAAGCUCAGAAAGGCAUGUGUCCAAUGCUACUUCAUCAAAGAAAGACUUAAACGCCUUAACAUGGAAAAAAAACAGGUCCAUUUGACACUAAAGUAGGGCUGCAACUAACGAUUAUUUUAAUAAUCGAUUAAUCUGUCGAUUAUUUUUUCGAUUAAUCGAUGAAUCGGAUAAAAAAAAGAAACAUUUGGAAUUGC